AAGCAUGGUUUACAACCCUCUAAAGCACAAAAUAAUUUACACUUCCAAUUAUGCCCCUCCAAAACUUUUAGCAUUUACCCGGAUCCAUCAUCACCGUCCAUUUCCUUUCACUUAUUCACACGGAUCGUGAUCUGACGGGUGAUAUUGUUUUCACACGGAUCCACCUUUCCCCUUCCUUCUCUCUCAUCUCUCUCACAACUCACAUCUCACCAGAUCUCAUCCGCCCCCAACUCCAUGCUUUCUCUCUCCCAGGUGAUUUCCAGAUCUAGGGUUUCAAUAACCCUGAAUCGUUCAUUUUCUCUCAAUCCGACAGAAGAUCCAGUGGGGUUGACCUCUAGAAGAUCCACUGGGUUUUUCUCUAAUCGGCGUUUUGCAACAUUCGGCUUUUGAUUCGUGUGUCUGACCUCCUGGUUCCGUUUUCCGGCUUUUAUUGGCGUUUUGCAACAUUCGGCUUUUGAUUCGUGUGUCUGGUUUAGUACCGAUGGGGAUUCGGCUUUUGAUUCGUGUCUGAUUCGUGUGUUGGUGUUGGAUUCGUGUGUGUGAUGAAGAUGGAGCAGUGGAGAUACACAAUCCUGGGGAACUAACCUCAUGAAAGAAUGAAACUGGUUUCAAGUAGCAUUGGUUAUUGUUCAGAGCUGAAGGGGGAAGAUUGCAGGGUACAGUUUGAUCGCCCAGAUUUAGGGGUUACAGGUUUGCCUACUGAAGUUGCUUUAAAAGUGAUGGUAGAAAAAAUGGGAGUUCCUGAUGAUAAAGCCCGAAAGAAAAUUCGCGGGUUGCAGAUUAUGGCAAACUAUUUGAUUGAUAACAAUAGUGUUAAGUUAGGGUGUUGCGACUGGUGGACUAAGCGAUCGAAGCGCGUUGGCACAUUAGAGUUGGACCGGAUUCGUAUGUCCAUGAGUGUUAUUGUCCGUGAGCCAGGUGGGCAUAACCGAUUGCUUGUCAAGGGUGCGGUCGAGAGUGUGUUAGAUUGUAGCUCACACGUUCAACUUGCGGACGGGUGCGUUGUAGAGAUGGACAAAUCGUGUAGACAACUAUUGCUUUCACGGCAUGUGGAAAUGAGUUCAAAGGGGUUACGGUGCUUGGGUUUAGCUUAUAAGGACGAUGCGGCGGGAGGAAACCAGAAAUGGAAAGCGUUUCGCAACAAUUAACCCGAGAAUGGAGGUUGAGAGGCUCUACGACGUCGUUUCCGGUGCUCCGGUGGUAGAGAUCUUCAGUUUUAUGGUUCAGACGGUUGUGGAUGCUCAGUGAUCUAUUUAUUGGCUUCUGUUUUUGGUAAAUCUGUUUAUUGGCUUCUUUGUCCGUUAUCUGUCUAAGUUUUUUCUCGGGUUUUGUUUAAUGCUUGAUUCUUUGUCCGUUGACUUUCUAUCGACAUUAUAUUUCGCUAUUGUCAGUAACUAUAUAACCUACUCAUGCUUUUUUUUAAUUUUGUCUUGUACAUGGAUAAUUAGUUUUUUAACUGUGAUAAAGAAGUUAAAAGAUAAUGUGUAUGGAUCGCAACUAACAAAUUAACUAAUUAGGUGAUAGGUUCAUGUAUUUGUUUUAUUUUCAGCUAAAAACAUCAGAAGAUGAAAACGAUCUUAAUUAAGGAUUUUGAAUAGACAUCAUAGCUUAGGUGCGAUAUUAUUGUGUUAUAUGUUGAAAAUGACGCACACUAAAUUAUUUAGUUUAUUUGCAUACUUCAAGACUUAAAAAGUAGUUUCAGUUAGUAUUACUAAAAAAAAAGUGGACGAUUAAUGGAACAAAAGUAUUUAAAAAGGUAAACAGGGAUGGGACUCAAGAAUACAUGGAGGUUUGCAAGCAGCUGCAGCGAGCACAGGCGCAACGAGCGCAGUUUGGUGAAGGUUUUUUUUAAUCAGUUUCUUUUGCUCAGUGAAGACGACAAGUUGACUGUCGCACGUGCCAGUAAAAUCAAAGGUUUUUGAGUCAGCCGUUCCAUGUUGCUGAAGUUUUCACUGGUGACCCCGAUAAAUAUGUGGAACUCAAAGAGAGCAUUGGCAGUUUCCAGGGUGAAAAGAGGGAACAGUGGUCAACAGUGGUCAGAAGCAUGCUUCCUCUACAACAUCUACUUUUGUCAUUGAAACUGUACAACAUCUACUUUUAUCAUUGAAACUAUACAUUUGCGUGUUGACAGUCUUUGGAACUGGCUAAUGUGGACAUCGAAGACGACAGAGUGGUGUUUGAUCCAUGGACAGGAACCGAUUUCAGAACCGGUGAUGCUCCAUGGUGGUCUUAGAAACUACGUUUAGCAUUUGUAGCAUGUGUUUGUGUUAUUUUAGCUUGUGUUUUUUAGUUUUGAAAUAGUAUAAGUGAUAUAAACAGAUAGGGUAUGGGGCAUGAAAAGUUUAGAACUCUAAACUAGAAGGUGAUAGUUGUAGUUGCAGAUCCCAGAUUUCUGAACAGGUUAUAACUUUUCUUUUUUGGGAUUCGUUAAAAUAACCGAGUUUUAUGUU